AUGGAGAGCGCCUUCCAAAUUGCCGACUCAACUACCAACACCACAACUUCGAAUUCGAUCGACAUGACAGCAGCAACAGCAGCUAUGAAUAACAUCGUCCCUUCCUUCUCUCUCUCGCGCCCUUCUUCUCCGCCCUCAAACGAAAAGCGCCUUUACCGCUGUCCUGUCUGCUCAAAAUCAUUCCUCCGCCUUGAGCACUCCAACCGACACAUCCUCAUCCACACCGGCGAAAAGCCAUUCAUCUGCUCAUACCCUGGCUGUCCCAAGCGCUUCUCGCGUAGUGACGAACUGGCCAGGCACUCCAGGACACACGUAGGGUUCGCUGCUCUUGUGUCUGAUCCCUACGAUUGGAACAACAACAACAACAAUACCAACCCAACCUCACCCACAACGCCAACCCUUGCCACGCCCUCACCCUCCCUCUCGCCUUCGAUCAACGGAUCGUCGCCCUCGACCUCGACCUCCGCCUACUCGCCCGUCUCGCUCUCAGGUCUGCAUCUCACCUCCGGCAUCUGCACCCCCUUAGAUCCCUCCCAAGUCCCGCCUCACCAGCAGCAGUACCAGCAACAGCAACAGCAACAGCCUUCGUACUCGCAUGUGAUGCUGAUGCCGACCUAUUCGAUGGUUCAGCAGCAGCAAACGGUCUCCUCUCCCGUCUCGGAUGAUACUAUUCCCAACACAGCAACCAACACCACCUACACCAACACCGCAACCACAGCAAACCACUUCAAGCGAUUCAGCGUCCCUUUGCUCUCCAUGAAUGCUGGUAACAGUCAUAGCGACUACAACAAUAACAACAGCAUGUCGUACGAUGCCGAUGCUGCAGCUACAGGUCCAACCUGGGACACCAGCAAUGCAGCUCGGAGACACGCAAGUAUGCCUGCUGUCAUGGAGCAGUCGUUCUUUGCCGGUCCACACCAUAAUCCUCAAGAUCCCCCCUCGGCCGCUAACUCCACGGUCGACGUCGAUGGCCUUCCCAGGAAGCCCCAUGUCUGUCCCUGGCCCAACUGCAACAAGACGUUCACCCGGUCUGCCCAUCUCACCCGUCACGUGCGAGCCCAUGGCGGCGAGAAGCCCUACAGCUGCCCCCACGAAGGUUGCGGGAAGCGUUUUUCGCGGUCCGAUGUCCUCAAGGAACACAUCCGUAUUCACGAUGGCAACCGUGUUCGCAAGCGCCGUGUUCGCGGCUCAUCCGACAGUAACUCGACUUCCAGCCAUUCUUCGACAGCCUCUGCCACCGUCAAGAGGAACAGCAUCACAGCUACCGCCAGUCUGGCCGUGACCGCUGAUCAGUCCACCGCACAGCUGUUUGCGAUCCCUCCUCCUCUGACCUGCCGUGCUCCAAAUGGGAUGGGUACCAUGCCCAACCCCGCCUUCUCAGUGUCGCCCUUCCGGUCGUGUGAAGCACAGCCUUCGCCCGAUAUGCACCACCCUUAUGCCCACCAUUACCAACCACAAGCCUCGCUCAGCCCUCGUGAGCCUUCGCUGUCGUCCUCCCCUCCCUACUGUGGCCAAGACGGAUCCUUUGUUCAGGGAGGAGCAGCUGCAACGACCAUGUCGAUCCAACCCAACUCUUCGUUCAAUGCUCUGUUGGGUAUGGAGUCAGUAGCCCAUCUCGGUCGGUCGUCACCUGCAAGCUCCUGGCACCAGCAGCAACAGUUGACACAACAGCGUGGCGGUUCAGGUGGUGCUGCAGUUUCCUACUCGGCGACUCCGUAUCAACAGGGUGCUCCUUACCCUAAUGCCACCGCCCCAUCCUUCUCAGGCAUGUCUCAAACCACGACUCAGUAUCCCACCUCGUCAUCCUCUUUGCCGUCGUCCAACCACAGCAACAACCAGCAGCAGGAGCAGCCGAUCACUUUGGCGACCAUGGCGGCUGUAGCGUCGAUGGAGGCAGACUUGAUCAGUCUCCAACAGAACUGGAGUCCUGUUCCUCAACAACAGCAACAUCAACAACAUCAACAACAUCAACAACAUCAACAACAUCAACAACAUCAACAACAUCAGCAACAACAACAACAACAACAACAGCAUCAACCCCACCACCAGCAUCACCACCAACAACAGCAGCACUAUGAGCCCUACCAGUACUAUUCAUCUGCCAUGUAA